CUUAUUAGAUUCUUUUUCACAGCACAACAUACCCUUCCCUUUUACGAGUAACGAGUUUGGGUAUAUAAGCUUCAUCAAAUAGACGUUUUAUCAUUUCGAAAAAAGUGUGAAAUGGCUGUUCAAUUUUCGGUGCUGUGUCAAAUAUUAAUUUUUCUUGCCGCUGCACAGCUUUCGAUUGGAGGUCACUUCGAGUAUGUUUUGGAUGACGAAUCAGUGUUUUCGGAAUGUUUUGAUAUGCCACCUGGAUAUGCGAAUAUAAGCGGGCUGUUUGAUGUUUCAACCAUUAACUUUGAAAUGGGGCCAGAAGGAGUUCACGUCGACGGAUACCUAACCUCCUCGUGGGAUAUACAACCAACGGAUCGCAUUGAGGGUCGAUUAAAUGUCGUUCAUAUGGACCGUGGUACUUGGCAACCGACGGUACUAAAUAUGGUGUCCAGAGAUUUUUGCAAAACAUUUUUGGAUCCCAAUCAAUAUUGGUACAAUAUUUUUCCAAAACAUAUUAUAAACAGGGACGAGGCUCGACAAAAAUGUCUAAACUAUAAAGGAACUGUUUACUUCAUGGAACCAUAUACCUUACAGAUGCAUUUUGGAUUGGGUUUGACGCUUCCUUCUGGAAGAAAUCGAAUGGUGUUCAAUUUGGUAGCAAUUGAUGAGAAUAAUGUUACGCGACCAAAUGGAAUUUGCUUUGAGAUAGAAGGGGAUUUUUUUAAAAUCGAAUAACUGAUCUAUAACAGUACCUUUUAUUUGCCACAAUGGAUUGCUUUUUAUUAAUACGAGUUACUAAGUGUUUUUCCCUUUUUUUAAUAUAAAAUAAGCAAUAAAUAACAUGUUAACGAAAUGAAGGAAGCGACUCUAUACU